GUUUAAGCUCGGGCCACGCCGCGAACUCUCGUUCCCGAAACAACACAAAGCUUCUUCAUGAUUCAUUUCUAAGGCGCAUUGCAAGCAAUGGCCGCCGCCAGGUUAACCUCAUGCGUGGCCGUAGCAGCUGCUGCGGUGGCUUCCAUGUCCACGUUCUCCGAUAGAGCGUACGCCGACUCUCCCUUUCGGUUCCCUCUGUUCUCUUCUUCACCUUCCCCAUCGCCUUCGCCGCCAGAACAAUCUUCUGACACCAAGUCGGAUCCUUCGGCUCCCGAAGAACCAAACAAGUCGGGUUUUGAUCCGGAAUCGUUAGAAAGAGGUGCUAAAGCUCUCCGUGAAAUCAAUAGUUCUCCCUAUGCCAAACAGGUGUUUGAUCUAAUGCGAAAACAGGAACAAACUCGCCUUGCUGAGAUAGAUGCUGAGAAAGUUCAUUAUGAACUUAUUCAGUCUCAAGGAGAUAUUGAAAGGCAGCGGAAAAUGGCUGAAGAACAACGGAAUCUAAUACAAGAGCAAGCCCAGAGACAGGCCCAGGUGCUGCGAUAUGAAGAUGAAUUGGCAAGGAAAAGAAUGCAGACAGAUCAUGAAGCUCAAAGGCAACAUAAUCUUGAAUUGGUCAAGAUGCAAGAGGAGUCUUCUGUAAGAAAGGAGCAGGCAAGACAGGCUACUGAAGAACAGAUUCAGUCUCAGCAGCGUCAGACUGAGAGAGAGAGAGCUGAAAUAGAAAGAGAAACCAUUAGAGUUAAGGCAAUGGCUGAGGCUGAAGGCCGAGCCCACGAAGCAAAAUUAACUGAGGAUCAUAAAAGGAGAAUGCUUAUAGAACGGAUGCAAGGUGAAAGAGAUAAAUGGCUUGCGGCAAUUAACACAACUUUUAGUCAUAUUGAAGGUGGUCUCAGGAUCUUAUUGACUGAUAGGGACAAAUUGUUUAUGACUGUUGGAGGAGUUACUGCGUUAGCUGCAGGAGUAUAUACGACUAGAGAAGGUGCUAAAGUUACAUGGGGCUAUAUUAAUCGGAUUUUGGGGCAGCCAUCAUUGAUCCGGGAAUCAUCCAUGGCAAAGUUUCCCGGGUCAAGGAUCAUAUCUCAAGCCAAAAAUAAAGUUAUAAAUUAUAGUACUUUGGCCAGGGCAGAAAAGCGUAACGAGAGUCGAAGUAGUCUUGGAAAUGUAAUCCUCCAUCCAUCAUUACAGAGAAGAAUAGAGCAUCUUGCACGGGCAACAUCAAAUACCAAGGCCCAUCAGGCACCAUUCCGUAACAUGCUUUUUUAUGGACCUCCUGGGACUGGUAAAACCAUGGUUGCAAGGGAAAUAGCUAGAAAAUCGGGUUUGGAUUAUGCCAUGAUGACAGGAGGAGAUGUUGCACCUCUGGGCCCACAGGCUGUUACCAAAAUUCAUGAGAUAUUUGAUUGGGCCAAGAAAUCUAGAAAAGGCCUAUUGCUUUUUAUUGAUGAAGCAGAUGCAUUCCUUUGCGAGCGUAACAGCACACAUAUGAGUGAAGCUCAACGAAGUGCUCUAAACGCAUUGCUCUUCAGAACUGGUGAUCAGUCUAGAGACAUAGUUCUUGUCCUUGCUACAAACAGACCAGGUGAUCUUGAUAGUGCAAUUACUGAUCGCAUUGAUGAAGUGAUUGAAUUCCCGCUUCCAGGAGAGGAGGAACGUCUAAAGUUAUUGAAGCUUUAUUUGAACAAGUAUCUAUGUGAUAACAAUAAUGGCUCCAAGGGGGGCUUCUCGUUGAAGAAGCAGCCCCAAGAGAUUACCGUAAAAGAUUUAUCGGAAGAUGUGUUGAGAGAGGCUGCUAAGAAAACAGAGGGAUUUUCUGGCCGUGAGAUAGCCAAACUCAUGGCCAGUGUCCAAGCUGCUGUCUAUGGGCGCCCAGACUGCAUCUUGGAUUCCCAGUUGUUUAAAGAAAUUGUAGAUUACAAGGUGGUGGAACAUCAUCAGCGAUUAAAACUGGCAGCUGAAGGCGGCGGCAUGCCUGACCAAAUGUAAUAACUUGUUUGGCCUUUAACCUGAAUCCCCAUUUUGACCUGCUCUGGGAAUUUUCUUCAUAUUAUUCUCCAUUUUUUGUUAUUUUUGCCAGUAUUUAUGGCCGAUGUAGCAGUUUCAUUAAAAAAGUUCACCUUGAUGCAUUUUGUUAGCCAAAUUUAGAGGAUAUUCUGGCUUUAUUAAUUUAAUAGGAAUGAGAGGCUUUAAUGACUUGGAAGCAGCAUGAAACUGUUCUUUUCAAGCUAUGGGGCAAUAAACCAGGUCUUGAGAGCGU